AUGGCAGAGCCUUUGGGUGCGGCUGGUCCUUCUGAGAGUCGCGAUACUGGGGACACAACUGCCCUCGCAUCGCGCGUGUUGCGCAAGGUGGAUAGGCGACUGAUUCCCCUGCUUUUUGUCACCUAUCUGCUCAACUAUAUGGACAAAGCCAUCCUCUCUAGUGCUUCGGUGUUUGGAUUGACGGAGGACACGCAUUUGGUCGGACAACAGUACAGCUGGGUCUCGAGUAUCUUCUAUUUCGGGUAUUUCUUUUGGGAAUGGCCCACGAACAUGCUGAUUCCCCGAGUGCGGGUGGCCAAAUACCUGGGAUUCAACACACUCUUUUGGGGAGCGGUGGUUGCGCUGACUGCCGCCUGUGUGAAUUACGGCGGCCUUUUGGCUGUCCGGUUCCUGCUCGGGGUCGCCGAAGCCACUAUCACACCCGCGUUCAUGUUCAUCACCUCGACCUGGUACACCCGGGAUGAGAUCCCCUUCCGAACGGGGAUCUGGUUUUCGGGGAACUCGGUCGGAGGCCUGAUUGCUAGCCUGCUUGCCUACGGCAUCGGGCAUAUUGAGCAUCCACUCCGACCGUGGAUGUGGAUGUUCAUUAUCUUGGGUGUUGCAACCUUUCUUUGGGGAUUCGUCCUGCUGGCUUUCUUGCCAGAUAGUAUCUCCAGCGCCCGAUUUCUGACUCUCGAGGAACGAGAGUUCAUGAGCAAUCGUGCCGUCAUUGCUGGCACAGGUCGCACUGAGCAUACCACCUGGAAAUGGGAGCAGGUAGUCGAGUGUAUCCGAGACCCGAAGACCUGGCACCUGUUUGCUAUUGCUCUCUUGACUCAAAUUCCGAAUGGAGGUACUCAGAAUUUCGGGAAUCUGGUGAUCAAAUCAUUUGGUUUCACGUCUCUGCAAUCCACGCUGAUCAAUAUCCCAGCCAGUGUGAUCAGCGCGGGAACGAUCGCCGUGACCGGAUGGCUGGCGAGUCGUUCCAACAAGCUGAACUGUAUUCUGAUCGUAUGCGUGAUCAUCUUUCCCAUUAUUGGAAGCGCGAUCAUCUACGCCCGCGCACACCAUGUUCCCUUGGGAGCGCAGCUAUUCGGGUACUUUCUUCUUUCAACGGGUCCUGGGGCACUGCCACUGGUGAUGUCCCUGUUGCAGAGCAAUUAUCGGGGUGUCACCAAGAAGAUGACGAUGACAGCCAUGAUGUUUGUCGCAUACUGUGCAGGUAACAUUGCCGGGCCGCAGCUGUUCAGGACCAGUGAGGCACCCACGUACCCAACAUCCUUCCGCGCGAUUUUGAUCUGUUAUGUCAUUGCUGUCGGACUAGCCAUCUCGUUGCGCUGUUAUCUGCAGUGGCUGAACGCGAAGCGAGACCGGGACGAGGGCAUCCAAGGCAGUGCAAGUUUAGCUGGUGCAGUGGGAGGGAAGGUAGCCGGCGAGCAGCGCGAUGGGACGGACGUUUCGGUGCUCGUACAAACUGUGGAACUGAGCCCAGCGGACUAUGAGGACGUGACCGACUGGAAUACGGUCGGGUUUCGCUAUCGUCUAUGA